CUGGGUUCUGCAGAUGAAGAGGGGUUGUUGAAUAUUUUUCAAUAUAUUGCAGAAACUAAAAGGUAAUAAAGUUAUAAUUAAUUGCAUAGUACUAUCAUGUUCCUAUUAUUGGAAAGAACCAAUGAUAUUGUUUUACCCGUAAAUUAAGAUCUCAACCCAAGCACGACAAAGACGUAAAUUUUUAUCUCCCGGGAAUAUUUGUCGAUUUUCGUGCGGUGUAAUUCAACUUCCUUUUCCGGUUUGUCAGCCAUCAUGGGUCGUGUACGUACCAAGACAGUCAAGAAGGCCGCUCGGGUCAUCAUUGAAAAAUAUUACACUCGUCUCACCAACGAUUUCCAUACCAACAAAAGGAUAUGUGAAGAAAUCGCAAUUAUUCCCAGCAAAAAACUGAGGAAUAAGAUUGCUGGAUUCGUCACACAUCUGAUGAAGCGUAUCCAGCGAGGCCCAGUGAGAGGCAUCUCCAUUAAGCUUCAAGAAGAGGAGAGAGAAAGGAGGGACAACUAUGUACCAGAGAUCUCUGCCAUUGAGCAAGAUAUUCUUGAAGUUGAUCCAGAUACCAAGGAGAUGUUGAAACUUCUGGACUUCAUGAACAUCCCCAACCUCCAGGUUACACAGCCCAUCACAUCAUCCUUCAGAGGGCCCAGAGUAUGAACAUUAAGAGACAGUCUGUAAUAUACUUGUAAUUUAAGGAAGUCGCUAAUAAAGUCCAUGGAGUAACAAGAA